AUGCCAAAAGAGUUCUCUAUACCAGAGUCACCUGGGAGAUGCAACGAAUAUAAAACAGUGGAAACACUUAUUAACGUACUCGAAAAGUCUUCAUCAGACUCAUCUUCUGAAAGUGACGUAGACAUGGACAAUACUGUAGUCCCCACCCAAAACAAAGAGUCUGGCGAACUGGAUCAAGCCACAGCGGAUUUUUAUUCAGAGUACCAAAGAGACCAACUUCCCAAAGGUACAUUCAAAACUUUACCCUUCCCAGGUAAUGCAGUAGCAAAGCCACUAGAUUUCGGUGGUAACCCCCACGUAAAUAUCACUGACUGUGUGGGAGGUACUCAAACGAGGGAUGGACUAAGUAGUUCCUCUGCUGGGUACUGCCCCUCACAGACAGUACAACCCCCUAUUCCUACCACCUCCAGGUUAGCAAUGGAAAAUACUACCCUCACACCCGUACAAAACAUCCCCAGAAAAAGGGCUAAUUCAGAUCCGAGAAUAAAAAGGAAAAAGAUCCCGAGUAGUGUAGACAAAAAUAUAUUACAUUACCAAAGCCAAACCUCAGAAGAAGACUCACUGAGUGUUAGAGAAAAAUUUAAUAGGGCCGACAAUUUGCCACACUCCCCAAACAGCUGCUUCGAAUUCCGCAGUGAAAAGCAGAGGGAGGAAUAUGAAAGAGAAAGAGACCUAAAAAAGGCUGAUGAAGAACUCAGCAAAAAUAAAGACGAACAAUUUACAGUACCACGGAAGUUCAGCUCCAAUUUCCACAAAAUGAUUAGGGAAAAGGCUGCCCAAACCCUAACAACCACCAGGAAUGCUUUUCAAGUGCUUACCGACGAAUCUGACUCGGAGAAUGGUACAAAGUUUGUGCCUUUUCAUACCAAAGAAACCCCAACAGUGCCACCAAAGCAACCCGUUGCCAGUACAAGCAACACAAAUAACGCAAAUGACAACAUAAACAAUAAAAAUGCAAACAGAACCAGCAUACACAAAUCGUCAAUGCCACCAAUCGUGAUUGAUGGUAAGACAUCAAAUCCCAACCAGCUAAUAGCCGACCUCAAAGCAAUUGUGCAAGGAGAAUUCAGUGUGAAACACACAAACCGAACCACAAUUCUCUUUGUAGAUGGAAAAGAGGACUAUGAAAAAGUCCUAAAUAACGUGAAAAGUGAGAAAAUGGCCUAUCACACUUACACGGCCUACAGUGAAAAAUCGCAUGCGUUCGUGCUUAGAGGACUGGCUGAGAACACCAAAAUUCAGGACAUUAAGGAGAGCCUCGAAGACGAGCAUGAAAUUGUUGCCCGGGAAAUGUACACCAUGAAAACUAAAGAGCGUCCCCUCUACCUGGUAGUCACUGACCCGGUUAUCACUCUGGAGUACUUGAAUAAGAACGCUAGAAGAGUUAUGCACACCAGAGUGACCUGGGAGUUAAGGAAAUCAGUCAAACAAAUUAUACAUGUUUUCUACAAACUUUCCAAUUAUACGGUCUACACACACAUGGAAGACAGUAUGUCGGACAACGAGCUAGAAAAAAAUCUUGACAACCUCUCCAAAUCUAUCAUACUGGCGGAGCAAGAAAUAGAAAAGACAGGAGUGCUUUCUCGCAAAAGCUCAGUAGCCAGGUCACCAGAGGUAACAAGGCGGCACUCUCUAGCGUCAGAAUCGCCCGAGAAAUACGAAGAGAUGCCAUACCCGGAAACAGCUAGCAAUAAAAGGAAGCGAAUGGAGUUAAAAGUCUCUGAAAAAUCUAAAAAAAGAGACAUGAAAAACGGCACAAAUGAACAAAACCCAGAAGAAACAAGACCCGAAGAAAUGGAAAAAUCAAAACACGAAGAAGAAAACAUACGACAGAACGAGGAGAAAAGGAAAAAAGAUUUAGAAGACGAAAAAAAGAAACAAAUUUUGGAAGCAGAUAGAAAGAAGAAAAUUCUAGAAGAAGAAGAGAAAAGGAAGAAAAUCUUGAUAGAAGAGAAAAAGAAAAAAGAAGAGCAGACAAAAAUCGCGGCAAUAAGUGCGGCUAGUAGCGUGGUACAUAGUGCGGGAGUGAGCGCCAAGACAUCUCAGGUGAGUGGAGAACCAGAAAAACGCGACAAAGACGCAACACCAAAACAAACGAACACACAGACAUUAAUACAAGCUACGACAAAGAACAUGAAAGACAUAAAACAACAAAUCAAAGACGCGGUCACCAGAACGACACCAGAGGGUAGGGGAAAAAUAGCGUUUUCUAUGAAAGAGGAAAAGACUGUUCUAAUAGCGGUAGAUGACAUAUCGAACAUGUACACGGACAUUUUGACACUACUCCUAGUGCAGGAAAAUGAAAUAAAUAAAUUACAAAGAGAGAACUACGAACUAAGACAAGACAGACUACAUACACAAAAAACAAAAACGACUGACAUAGAUACAAACAUGGACAACAAAUUAAAAAAUCUACAAACAGAAAUUCUAAGGGCACUCAAAAGCAAUACACCCGUAGGUACCACAACAACAACGACGGCAACAACAUUAAACGCUACUCCCCUGACACCAACGACAAACAUAUCGCCAAACGAUUUUCCGGCCCUAGGACAAAGAACUUACGCCCAACUAACGAAAAAGCCCGCAAACACAACCACAGAAAUAACCAAAGACAAAAAGACAUGGACAACGCCGGAACCCUACAAAAAGUUUGACACAGUAAUUAAACUCAAAGAGGGGCAACAGGGAGACACACUUACAGAAUUAAAGAAACUCAUUAAAGCCAAAGACAUUGAAGGAACCCAAAUAAGACAUACACGGACUGCCAUAGUUUUAACAUCACAAACAAAGGACAAACAAGACGACAUAAUAAGACGCACACAGACAUCAGCAAAACUAGACAUCAAAGACGGAACAAGACAUAACGAACCUACAAUUAUACUGACCGGAAUUAGAAAAGGACUGACACACGAUGAACUAACGGACGGCCUGAAACUGGAAAAUGACGACCUAAACGACAACUUUGGUGACAGGCUAAAAUUAUUGACAGUAGUCUCGACAAGACCCUGCAGAAACCCAUAUAAAGAGAACGCCUACGUAAGAGGACCGACGGACAUAAUAAAAUACCUUUUAAAAACCGAAAAAUUUUACCUAGACUUCCAGACAAUUUACAUUAACGAGGCCACACAGCUAGCUUUAUGCUUCAAGUGCUGUCGAUACGGACACGUAUCGAAGUACUGUAGAGAACAGACAGCGACAUGCUACAAAUGCGGAGACGGACAUGACGGCAACACUUGUAACAAAGACACAGACAAAUACAACUGCAUAAAUUGUGAAAGACUAAGACUCAUACCUAGAAGACAUCAAGCCAGAGACAUAAACUGCCCCAUUUACGAACGAAAACUGGACGAAGCAAGGGCACAAACAUCUUACAACUAA